UUUGUUUACCUGUGUCAGCGGCGGCGGCUGCCAAGGAUUUUCAAUUUUAUUUUUUUUUUCCUGUUAGUAGAGCGAAUUUCGACUUUGUGUGCAUCAGAGCUUUCUAGUUGCACCGCGGUGCAGUGUAAUGGGGUAAACAUGGAGGACCGUCUCAACCAGAUGAAUGCAGUGCUUCAGGCGAUGCAGAAGACUCUGCAGUGCAAUAUAUGCCUGGAUUUGCUCAAUAAUCCCCUAACCACCAAAUGUGGUCACUCGUUCUGUGGUGAUUGUAUUCAGCAAGUGGUGAAGGGCCCUCGCAACACGGCCCACUGUCCACUCUGCAUGGCCAACAUCACCCGCCGAUCUCUGGGCCACAACAACAAAAUAACCAAACUGGUUGUCCACGUGCGAAAGAUCAUCGACAGUAUCAAGAAAGAUUGCUGCUUUGAAGUUACCCCAUCAAAGUACCGGCCAAGACCUCGACCAGUGAUCAGCGCCGAGGAGGAUGACUCAGAGAACGAGGAGAAUGACGAGCCCAGACGAGGCACUCGCAAGAGAGGCAUAACAGAUCACUAUAACCCAGAAGUCUAUAUACCUAAGCCUAGAGCACGAUCAGCCAAGCAGAGAAUCUUAACCUCCAACAGUAACCAAGAUGUGAGUGUGCACACAGACAAACCCCAGACACAGGAGUCUGUGGCUGGUAUCAACGACCCCAAGAAACCUCUCGCUGUGGAUGUCAUAUCCGAAGAACAUUCUUACUCGUCUCCGAGCAAACAGGAACCCCAAGCAAGGAAGAGCUUGAUACCCUCUUUCACUCGUGGGAGGGGCACUCGCAGCUCGGGCAAUGGGCAGCUGUUAUCUGGCAAGGCUAAACCUACAAGUGGUGCAAGAGGAAAUGCUGCUCCACUGUCAAGAAAACUGACUAAAGACAAUGGCAAACCAGUCACCACAUAUGGCAAGAAAGAUACAAAAGGAGAUGAACUUAUAUCUGUGAGUCAGCAGAUGGAAGAUGCAUUGCUACUCCCUGGGGAACUUAUUAAAAGCAACGAGCAGUCUACUGAUCAUCUUAGUGAAAAACUGGGCAGGGAAAAACCGGCGGACAAGGUUGCAAAAUGGCUCUGCAACAGCAGAGAAGUCGGCUUCCAGAUAGGAGCCUCACAUUCAACCGAUACCACUUCCACCACCGAUUCUGAAUCCUCUCGGGUCUUUAACCAGGCUAAAAGUGUUGCUCUCGGUGAUCAAAAUUCUCAGCAGGCAUCAGGGCCAAAUAAUUCCAGUAUUAAAACAGGUAUUAAAAGAUUAAUUUGCUCAAAUAAAUCUUCUUCCACAUUAUCCAACAAAAAAAGUGAAGAUAGCUUAGUAUCCUCUCUCACUGGUUCGAAAAAGUUCUUCAAAUCUAAGACCAAUACAGAAAAUCUCGAACGUGAUUCACCGGACUCUCAGGCUGAUAUAGAAACUCAGAUAUUUAAUCCCAAUGAUCUUAUUACUGGGACUCCUAGUGAUCCUUUUAAAUUUAUUCCUAGUCAGAAGACACCGGAAAAUAGGAAGACUGUAAAAACAGGUCAUGGGGUUGGAACAAGAGCUAGAGGGAAGGUGAAUGUGAGUCGGGGUCGAGUGAGGGGCCGGGGUAGAGGCAGAGGUAUACCGGUCAUGCAGGGAAGAUUUGCCAAAAUAGAUGAUAGUAUUGUUAAUUCUGAUAUGAGUGUUAAUUCCACUACCCAGAAGCAUAGCACGCCCAUUGCCAGAGGUGCUAAACACAACCACAAUGUUGAUCUCAGUGUUAUAAAACCACUCGAUACUAGCAUAGCUUUGUCUCACACGAAGCAAAUCGAAUCGGUCAUCGUACAAAAUCACGACGAUGAUGAUGGCCAUUACGACUUACCAGAUAGUUGUCCUGUUGUCACCAAGAAUGAGUUCGAUGUCCUCAUUUCGGAUGCAAAAGACAAUGAACGGUGUGAUGAUGGUAUUCAUGCUUCGCAACCCAAAGGAGACGGCUUAGUCAAUGACGGUAAAGAUGAGAACCUAAUCUUCAUAACUCCUGCUCAAGGUGAAGAUUUACCCAAUACUAGCAGCAAAGACCAAGGUAAAAAGAUAGUUAAAAAGAGAAGUAAUGAUGAGAGUGUACACGAGAUAGGAGCAAAGAAGAAACCAAAGACAAAGAAACAGCAGACUAUCUCGACUGAUGAUAGUCUUAAUAGUAAUAACAGUAAAUUAAACACUAUUAAGAAUCCAAAAUCCAAAGCUGAAAAAGCUAAAGAGGAAGUGGAAGCGAUUUGCUCUAUGUUUGAGGAUAUUGACAACUACCAGUUAAAUACCUUGUCAGUGGAAGAGGAAGAGAAGAACAAGAAGAAUAAAGAGCAGGAAAAAGAAAGAAUAAUGAGGCAAAAUCUCUCUCUAAUGGCUCAAACUCAUGAAAAUACUCAUCUCAACAAGACUAUUCCAUCUUUGAUGCCCAAAAGUGAGAAAUUGAUGCCACCCCCAAAAGCGCCCACUAGAAACAGAAAAGUACGGUUUAACGCUAAUGCUUCUGCUAAACCGAGUGAAGUUCCCAGUUAUGAGGAGUCUGUGCCAUCAACAUCAACUAGGUCAUCGGGGAAGACCACCAUUGCCGACGCUUGCAAGACCUCCCGCAAUGUAAGAUAUGCUUCAGAAAUUAAAUCGAAGCUAAUGGACACCAGUAAAGUCGUUGCUGUCUCGGUUAAUGUGAAAUAUGCCAAGUCGCCUGGAUGGUCGCACGUUGAAGGUGCCCGCAGAGAUCUGAAAGUCCGGCAGGCGAGUCUUAACAUAACAGGAGGUGAACAACGCAGUAUCAAUGAUUCACGAACUGAGGGAGGAACCAGCAGACACUCCAUCACUACCCUGGCUUCUUCAGUAGAGACUAAUGUGACUAUUGAUGAAGAAACUCAAGAUUUCGAUGUUGAACAUCUGUCGUCAUCUCAGAGUAAGAGAGAUCGAGUCAAGAAGUUGAAGGAGAUAGUCUCUCAGUUACAAGAAGAUGAGAAAGAACAGAAUGAAGACAGUAAGAAAUCCAAAGGAGAUAAUAAAGACAGUAAAAAGCCAGAUGCACAGCAGAAGUUACUGCUAAAUAGAAAUAUUAACCUCAGCAGAGAGAAUCAGUCAGAGCACACUAAACCCUCACUACCAUUAUGUGCAGAAACAGAGACAUUUUGCAUUGAUGAUGACUUUGACACUGGCAAAUCUGAUGUUAGCAUUCCCUCAAAAUCUUCCAUGAAAUCCUUGUCUCGAUCAUUGUCAACAUUGAGUAGGAAGAGAAGCCCUAAAUCUAUUCCAGUAGAACACAAGGAUCAAACUCCUCAAAAACCUGUCAAAAUUAAAAGCAAAAUUUCAAAUAUACCAAAACCAGGAAGGAGAACAUUUUCCUUGAAAGCUACCACACAAGACCUUCAUGUUUUGCACAGCAAUGACCCGAUUAAUGAAGUUGCAAAUGUUGAAGAGUGUGCAGUUGACAUGGUUCCUGCAGGAGAUAAUGUGGAAAUGUUAGCACUGCAAGGUAACGCUACAGAGGAACUCAAAGACAAGACAACAUUCUUACCAUCAAAUUCAACAGUUGUGAGCAAGCCAUGUGUCCCCCAUCACACCAUAAGCCCCAGUUCCGUACUAGAAGCAUCAUCCACACCUUUUUUAUCCAGACGUGAAGCUAUCAAGGAUGUUUCCAGUGCGAUGUCUCCGAUCUCACAGAAAUUGUCUUCCAAGAUUCCAAACUCUCAGUCUCGCACAGACCGCCACUUACAGUUGGUGCCAUUUAAACUAGUGGGUUCACUCUGCUCUAAAAGUUGCAGAACAGUAGUGGACAGUGUCAAUCCCGUUGAAUCGGCCGGGGGCGUUGGACGUGACUUUUGUCUGCACACAGUCCCUUGUGAAGUAUAUCAAGUGCUCAUGAAAUAUAUGUCGUUUUUACUCUCACAACAGCAACAUACGGCUUGUACAACUGCAGCCUGUGGUGCCAAGAUGCCUCUGGAAUCUGCUGAACCUUUGCUGUCUACCAGUAACAUUGCUGCUCCAGUUGAACCUAAGAAGCAAGAUCAACCUAAUAAUCAAGAUGUUGGGCCUAGCAAUGAAGAACAACAAACUAGCAAUCAAGAAGAUAGACCUAUCAAUCAAGAACCUAGCACUCAAGAACCUACCAAUCGAGAAGAACCUAGCACUCAAGAACCUACCAAUCAAGAAGAACCUAGCACUCUAGAACCUACCAAUCGAGAAGAACCUAGCACUCAAGAACCUACCAAUCAAGAAGAACCUAGCACUCUAGAACCUACCAAUCGAGAAGAACCUAGCACUCUAGAACCUACCAAUCGAGAACAACCUAGCACUCAAGAUUUACUUAGCAUUCAAAAAAACGGACUUGACCAAUAUGUAUCUAAUAAUCAACUGUCGUCAAAUAAGCAUGAAGCCAGGGCCGAGAAAACGACAGAAAACUCCUUUUCCAACGUGAAAUUAAUGGGGGAUUUUAACCAGCUACCCAUGAUACCCACAGCUGUCCACUCUAACCAGGGGAAUGAGGUGGUACCCAGCAGUUACUCCACUGAGGAAAUGGAUGUAGCAAUCCCGCUACCUACUGAUAAAAUUGAUACCCAUGUCAAAACUCUGCAGUCCCCAGAUACUGGUGAUCAGCAGGAAAUGCCAGCCUGUGAUGUAGACACAGAUGCAAAUCGGGAAACGUCUGCUAAUAAAACACAUGACGAGCAUGUUGAGGAUUUAUGUAUUGAUUUAGCACCAUUGGGAUCAUGCUCUCAGUCAUCAGAGAUAUUGAUUGAUAAUUAUGCACUGAUGACUUGCAAUAAUAGUUCUUCAGCAUGUCAGACGCAGAACACAGAGAGCAGCCAACAGUCGGCAAGUCUCCUGGCUGAUGUUGCUGACGGCAGGAUGACACGAGCCAGGCGUGCUUGUUGCGCAAGCGGAAGUGCAAAGGCAGACGAGAAGCCAGCGGAAAAGACCGAAAGGAGAAUACAGGGAAACCAAAAAAAUAAAGAAAAAUGUGCGAUAACAAAAACAAUUCUUAGCAAUGAGUUGGUGGAUGUUGAAAAGGAAAAUUUAAAAAAGAAUGGCAAAAUACACCCGGCCAUUAAUAGACCACGAAGGAAACCUUUACAGUCAGGGCAGCCAGUGCUGGAAAAUAUCAUGUCCCAAGUCAUGAAAGAUGGCAAGAUACCACCCAAUGAGAAGGACGAAGUGACUUUAAUACAAAGCAGUUUACCCCAGGAGAGUCAGAAAAUUGUAUCUUUGUUUCCCACAGACUCUGUGAAAAGUUCAAACAAAGGUCAGAGGAACGAAAUGAUGGCAGGUAGUCCGGCGAAAGAUAAAGAUUUGGAAGAGACGGAUAAUGAUAGUCCACUGAGAAGUUCAUUCGAUAUGACUAGACGAAAGUUCAAAAGAAUUCGUCGGCCAUCAACUUCAGGAUCCAGCUGUGAGGACAGUGAUUUGGAAGUGAUCAUUCCUCCAGUAAAACGUAAAGCUAAAUCCAUUUCCAGCAGCGGCAGCAGUAACCAAUCCUCUGCGGUUCAGAAGAAACGGAAUAUGAAAGUUGAGAUUGAGCAAGAGUAUCCUGUCGACUCUGAGGAGAUGAGAGAUCUGGAGAGGCUUGACCAAAAUGUCUGGGAAUUUUUUGGGCACCCAGAUGAAGGUAUAAAUAAAAAAGGAGUCAACCAAAAUUCCCACGUCAUCGAUGAUUUGGACUCCAACCAAACGGACCACGACGAGCUUCCACCGGCAACUCUCUCCAUCUCCUCUGAUGAUGAGGAGAUGUCCAGCACAGCUGAUGUUAUACGCAAUGUCAACGCUGACAUGUUACUAAUUAAACAAAUGCGUGAGGAAAAAUUGAAGGUUCCUGAAGUGACCACUGACAUGUCAUCGCAGGAAUCUGUAAUAUCCACCAACACAGUCCUCUCUGUUACCACAAAUAAAUUGUUUACAAAGGUCGAUAAAUCCCUUACUAAAGCCGAAGCUCUUCUAGAUAGAGACGGUAUAAUGUUUGAAGAUCUGUGCACACCUGUAGAGGCAAAGAACAGCUGUGCACCAGACAUGAGCAACAGCAUAAAACCCAACACAACACCACCAACAAGCAGUAAAGAUAACAGAGACGAAGAUGUGGAUAGUGAAGUGAAGGAUGGUGAAGCAGAGGAUUGUGCAGCGGAGGAUGAGGACGAAGUGGAUAAUGUUAGCCACAGUAGUGCAUACUCUUCCCAGAGUGAAGCAGUCAGUACUCAGAAGCAACAGCAAGUCAAGGAUGAGGUUGAAAUGCUGAAGGCCAGGGUCCGAGAGCUGGAGGCAGCAAUGGUCAAGAAGAAUGCUGCUGAAGCAGGCGAGGCUAGUACCAAAAGCGAUGUGGUGCCUCCCCAGAGCCCAUCAAGUGACAGCGGCGACGAGUCCGAGGAACUCUUCUCCAGUUUUCCUGACCUCACCGAAUCAACGGAACCCAAAUUACCGCCGAGUAGCACUUGCACUGUAACGCCGAGGUCUGUGGUGGCCAGAAGAAUACACAGUGGUCUUGGUGGUCCACCUCAAGUGGUCUGCACUGGUCUCUCUGGUCUGGAAAUGGGUAAAGUGGAGGACCUAGUGAGGAAAUUAGGAGCCAGCGGAUCAUCUGUUAGGAGGUCGUGGGGCCGAGACAUCACUCAUGUCGUGGUGAAGACUGGGCCAGAUCGCUCGGCCCAGCGGACACUGAAGUUCCUGUAUGGGGUAGCGGCCGGGUGCUGGGUUAUUACUCACCAGUGGGUACUGGACUCACUCUCCACUCACAAACUUCUCCCAGAAGAGGACUAUGAAGUACUGGAUUGUACCGGGGCUCCUGGACCUCACAGAAGUCGCACUAAACCCCUGCAGCUCUUUAACGAUUACGAAUUUUACGUCAAGCCUCCGUGUGUUGAGGUGACCCUAGAACAACUGAAGGAACUGAUCCAGUUGUGUGGUGCUCAAGUUGUGGAGUCUCCAGUCAAGUUUAGUAAGAAUAAGCAGUCAGUGAAGCUUGUUGUGGUCCAGACUGAUAGUGAUCACAAUCCUCAAGAACUGCUGGACAAAUACAAGAAAGUGUGCGUGGCUCAUGACUGGAUCAUCGAGUGCAUCGGGAUGUACGCACACGUGUGCAUCGCACCGUACAUCAUUGGUAGUCCCAGCCAGAGCCACCUUGCUGCCUCUGCUGUGCCACUCUCACUUCUAGAGGAGACCCAAGAGCUGUAGCAUCAGUAGAGUGCCUAUAGACUGACGUCUACUUUUGUCAAACUUAAAUUUAUACUAGUGAAAAAUAAAUGUUUUAUUAGCUUUAAUCACUUUUUCAAUGAAUGGAAAUACAAAAAUAAUUCAUUUUGUAAAUUUUAUGAAUUAUACAUCACCUAUACUGUAUAAAUUGUAUAAAUUUAAUGUAUUAAAAUAGAGUUGAUUUUUUUCUAUAGUUGUAUAAUUUUUAUAACAAAGGAUUUUUAAUGUUGCUUCUUGUUUACCUUUAAUUUUAAUAGGCCUAAAAAAUUUUGAUUAAAGUUGUAUUCCAAUAGGCAGAGGUUCUUGCAGAUUAUUAUAAUUGUUAUUAUUUAUGGGGAAACGAUAAACGUGUAUGGUACGCGUUGUGUCUGGAGAGUGGAAAGUCAUCAGGUUUGAUCCGGGGAGUGGGAGGGGGUAGAUUCAACUCCUUGGAUCAAAAACCCUUCAGCUACAAGGUAUUACCUAUCAUCCCCUUGAAAGUUGUGUCGUGCAAAUUGAUCGUACAGUAUUAAGUUGACUCCGAGGGAGCGGAAAUUGAAAGGAUAUAAGUUUUAUUUUACGUUCCCCCUGGGUAGAUCUAUUAUAGAUGUUCCCCCUGGGUAGAUCUAUUAUAGAUGUUCCCCCUGGGUAGAUCUAUUAUAGAUGUUCCCCUGGGUAGAUCUAUUAUAGAUGUUCCCCCUGGGUAGAUCUAUUAUAGAUGUUUCCCUGGGUAGAUCUAUUAUAGAUGUUCCCCCUGGGUAGAUCUAUUAUAGAUGUUCCCCCUGGGUAGAUCUAUUAUAGAUGUUCCCCCUGGGUAGAUCUAUUAUAGAUGUUCCCCCUGGGUAGAUCUAUUAUAGAUGUUUCCCCUGGGUAGAUCUAUUCUAGAAGUUUCCCCUCUGGAUAAAGGCUAGAGCGCGCCACAUAAACAGUCACUGUCCACAUAUAUCAUUAAAUGUCGUCCAGUUUAGUAAAAGCUAUAUACUAUAUCAUGUGGAUAUAAAGUACAGUAAACUCUCUUAUAGAGCUCCGUAAGUGACUGAAAGAGUUCAACAAAAACUGAACAGCAUUUUGAGAAGCCGUCACGUAUGCGGUAUUUGAUUUUGAAUGCAAUUUUUCAAAUGCAUUUGCACCAAAACUGCAAUACUAUUAUAGAAUAACUUUAUAAAUGAGGCUACAGUAUUGUAUUUUAUUGUAUUUUGCUUUGCUCAGAGGGGAGACGGACGUAAUAAAUUUUUUCUAGAGCGAGUAUCUCUCUAGCAUAUUUGUUGGUAAUACCGACCAUUCCAUAUACACAUACAGACGAGUUGUUUGUAUAUACAGUGGACCCUCGAAUUUAGUCGUGCCUUUUCUGUAUGCAAAACUAUUUUUAUUAUCUAUAAAAUGCAUUUUUUGUUAAUAUUUCCCAGAGGAAAUAAUGUAAAUCCAAUUAAACCAUUCCAGACACCCAAAAAUAUUAACAAAAAAUACAUUUUGUAGAUAAAAAUAGUUUUGCAUACAGAAAAGGCAGGACUAAAUUCGAGGGUCAACUAUUUAUUACAGAGAAUGGUUAUGUUUCACACAUUUGUACUAUAGCUCAAUAGUUGUACAUCUUGGAUUGGUUUGUAUGUAAUGUUUGUAAGUGGACAUGUGUGUAGCGUUUGGUAUAUGUAAGUUGGUACCCUCUUGUGUUUUAAUUUUGUUAGUAAGUUGAGAGAGUUGCAAGGACAGGUGAUCCUUGACUUACGAUAUUUUGACUUUACGAUGGUGUAGCAAGAAUUCCUUUGGAGAUGAAACUUAAUUACUCGGCAUGAAGGUGACGAGUCCAUAACUUGUAUUCGUUUAUUUACUUUUCAUUACCGAUAUUUAGUUAAAGUAAUUAUUUGUUUAUUUCUUCAGUGAUAGUUAUUCAUUUACCCAUUUAUCAUAUCGUAUUCAUGUUCUACUUACGAUAUUUUUAACUCGUGCUGAGUUCAUCGGAAUGUAACCCCAUUCUAAGUCAAGAAGCACCUGUAGUGAGACCUCGGUUUAGCAAAAUACCCAAUGACACGAAGUCUAUUGUAUGGAGGGGUUGUUGGACAUGUAUAUUUCCCCUGACAGACAAAAUCUUAUACAGUGGACCCCCGGUUAACGAUAUUUUUUCACUCCAUAAGUAUGUUCAGGUGCCAGUACUGACCAAAUUUAUUCCCAUAAGGAAUAUUGUGAAGUAGAUUAUUCCUUUCAGACCCCCAAACAUACACGUACAAACGCACUUACAUAAAUACACUUACAUAAUUGGUCGCAUUCGGAGGUAAUCGUUAUGCGGGGGUCCACUGUACAGUAGACUUGGUCUGUUGUAUGGUGAGACUAUCAGACAUACUACCGCUGACAGUCUUGGUACAGGGGACCUAGUCAUUUGUAUUAAAUACUUCUUGGUUAAACAUUUCUGCCAUAUAUCCAAAAUGCAUUACCAAGUUUAAAAAGAAAAAAUUUUUGUUUUUCUUUUUGUAUCGCCCUUUGUCGGUGGGACACGGCCAGGUCACUGAAGAAGAAAAUCCAAAAUGUUAUAUGGGAGCUGCUAUAUUAAGGUUUUAGCAGAGAGAGAACACAUACAGUGGUACCUCGGGAUACGAACUUAAUUUGUUCCAAAAGGCUGUUUGAGUGCCGAUUCCGAACUAAUUUGUUCCCAUAAGGAAUAAUGUAAAUUAGUUUAAUCCGUUUCAGACUCCCAAAAAUACACUUACAAAAGCACUUACGUAAUUGUUCGAGUUCUGAGCUGUUCGCAUCCUGAGGUACCACUGUACUGUGUAAUAAAUUAACCACAGUGCUUUAUAAGAUACAAGUGUACCCAUUGCAGAUUUAUUAAUACAUGUGUAUAUAAUAUUCCAUUUUCCACUUCCAUGGAAAGUGGGUUAGAAUCCUUCCCCAGUAAGUCAGAUGUGUCAUAAGAGGUAACUAAAAUACUGGCAGCAAGGUGCUAGUAACACCUUCCCUUGUAUAAAUUACUAAAUUCUGGCAGCAAGGUACUAGUAACACCUUCCCUUGUAUAAANUUACUAAAUUCUGGCAGCAAGGUGCUAGUAACACCUUCCCUUGUAUAAAUUACUAAAUUCUGGCAGCAAGGUACUAGUAACACCUUCCCUUGUAUAAAUUACUAAAUUCUGGCAGCAAGGUACUAGUAACACCUUCCCUUGUAUAAAUUACUAAAUUCUGGCAGCAAGGUACUAGUAACACCUUCCCUUGUAUAAAUUACAGCGUCUCCUCACCUAAUGACGGAGUUGCAUUCCUGAGACCACAUUGGUAAACAAAUUCUUCAUUAAGAAUAUAGGAAAUUAGCUCUAAUAUACAUUAUUUAGGUAUGCAUACUGGUCAGAGAGCCCGUCAUAAGUCCGAGCCGUCGGUAAACGAGUACGUUGCUAAGUGAGGAGACGCUGUACUAAAUGCCAUGAGCACAGUGCUAGUAACGUGUAUAAAUUACUAAAUAUGAAAAACAAAGCACUGUAUUAGCGAAGCGCUGUAAAGCAAAGUGUCAUAUUAGCGAGGUAAGUGUGAGAGGACCAAGCCUCUGCAAGAAGUCAGGGACACUUGUAUUGAAUAAAGGUCCGGUGUGGUGUAAAGGUAGUAGAAUAAAGGUCCUGCCUUAGUGACCUUCAAGUGACACUCAUCAUCUUAGGUCAUCAUUAUUAACCUUGAGGGAGAUGUUAAUGUUUAUUUUAGCCGUUCUUACAUGCUGUGUGUGUGUGUACUCACCUAUUUGUGGUUGCAGGGGUCAAGUUAUAGCUCCUGGCCCCGCCUCUUCCCUGGUUGCUACUAGGUCCUCUCUCUCCCUGUUCCAUGAGCUUUAUCAUACCUCGUCUUAAAACUAUGUAUGGUUCCCGCCUCUACUACGUCACUUUCUAGGCUAUUCCACGGCAUGACUACUCUAUGACUGAAGAAAUACUUCCUAACAUCCUUUUGAUUCAUCUGAGUCUUCAACUUCCAAUUGUGACCUCUUGUUUCUGUGUCACAUGUCUGGAACAUCCUGUCUCUGUCCACCUUGUCUAUUCCGCGCAGUAUUUUGUAUGUCGUUAUCAUGUCUCCCCUGACCCUCCUGUCCUCCAGUGUCGUCAGACCGAUUUCCCUUAUGUGUAUGCAUGUAUGUGUGUGUAUGUGUAUACAUGCCUUACUCCCUUUAUUAUUUCACCCAGGAUAAAACAUAUGUAUGUAUAUAUAUGUAUAGAUUGUGUGUGUGUGUGUAUAUAUAUAAUGUAUGAAUGUAUAUAUAUAUAUA